UUCCGAAGCCUUUGCGCUGAACACUUACAGUUCGAAUCUGGUUUUGAACCGUGGCUGAAAAAUGAUUCAAACGGGACUUAUACAAAAUGCACACAACGACCUGCUAACUGACGCACCCUACGACUUCUACGGACUUCGACUUGCAACCGGCAGCAUUGACCAAAGAAUAAAGGUAUGGCAACUUGAUGAAAGCAAUGGAAACUGGAAGGUAGAAGAUGAUUGGAAAGCACAUGACGCUGCAAUCUCAAAAAUUUGUUGGGCCCAUCCAGAAUUUGGCACAAUCAUCGCGUCGUCUUCGUUUGAUCGAACGGUCAAGAUAUGGGAGCAGACAUCUUUUGGAUCGCAGCCUGAGGCACAAGUAAACUUGAACCUGAAUGGCGCGGGAUCUACUGCUCCCCUGCAAGCUGCAUCAGUCCCAUCAACUUCUCGUUGGGUAGAGCGAUCCACAUUGGUUGAUGCUAGAGGAACUGUGAGGGCUGUGGAAUUCUCUCCUCGACAUUUUGGAUUAAAGCUAGCAACAAUAUCUUCUGACAAUCACCUUCGAAUAUAUGAAUGUCUCGAGCAAUCCUCGCUUACGACGUGGCAACUUUCAGAAGAGGUUGAUGUUUUGGCGCUCCCUUCCACUUCCUCUCCUUCGUCUCACUCAGUCGCGUUUGCAACACCCACGCAAACCAAUGCCACUCUCGACGGUGCCUCUGCUUCCCUUGUUGCCCAGGCGCUACAACAAUCUCAAGCACCAUCAGGUCAAACCAGACCCGGUAUGGGAAAUCGAGAAGCUGAUGGUGGUUGGUGCAUAUCUUGGUGUAAAGACAGAUAUUGGGGGGAGGUUAUUGCGGCAGGAUCAGGUAUCUCGGGAGUUGUUAAAAUUAUUCAUAUGUCUCCUUCACGCCGCCCCACCACACUUUUGGCGCUUGACCCGUCACCUACACCCUACCCAUCGUCUUCUGAGGCUACUGCCACAGCUUUGGCUCCUACGUCUGACACGGAUACACCAGCACCACAUGCCAUAACUUCCGUCGCGUGGGCACCAUCUUGCGGACGCUCAUAUCAUCUUGUCGCUACUGGUGGCCGCGAUGGUCAUGUGAGGAUAUGGAGAGUAAAACCAGCUGACGAAGGCGAUGCCGAUGCGGAUGGUGAAGGAGAGGGCAGUGACCACAGAUGGACGGGGAUCGUGGUGGCUGAUUUCGAUCAUCAUAGAUCCGCUGUUGGGAGGGUCGAGUGGAAUAUAACAGGGACCGUACUGUCUUCUGCAGGGAAUGAUGGACGCAUACGCUUAUGGAAAGCAACGAUCGGUAAUGUCUGGAGGCCAGCUGGGAGUAUUGGCGUUGAACAAACUGAGGAGCAGCAGGAUAACGACGUUACGAUGGAUGAAAAUGCUGUAACUGAAUAACUAAUAUAAAGUCAGUUUGUACUAAGUAGUC